AUGCGAAACUUGCUAAACGAAUCCCAAUAAGCUGACACGUCUUCACUACGUGUCACAAAUCCCCAACUCCGUGUCGGUCACCUUACAAGUCAAAAAGGUCGCCCAAAUCUUAACAACAAAGAUAAGAAUAAGGAAGAGUCGCUCGAUGAUAACAAUUAUAUAAACGACAAAACGCAUUUGCUUUAUUCUUUGUUUAAGAAGAAGGAAUUGAAUAGCCGAAAAUAGUUUGCAGUUCACAACAGAUGAGAGUGAUUCGAAGCACCGCACUACUAUUACUGUCUUUAGUUUUUCUAUUCUCUGCGUUUGGGUUAAGCAAACAGGCGAAAUCCGGAGAUUUUUGCAGCGAAGAGAUGGCUACUCUUGGUGGAAUUCAUACUUCACACGGUUCAGAAAAUAGCGACGAGAUCCGUAGCCUUGCUAAAUUCGCCGUCGACGAGCACAACAAGAAGGAGAAUGCAAUGAUUGAAUUGGCCAGAGUAGUGAAGGCGCAAGAACAAACUGUUGCUGGUAAACUGCAUCAUCUGACUCUUGAGGUCAUAGAUGCUGGAAAAAAGAAAAUCUAUGAGGCUAAGGUCUGGGUCAAGCCAUGGUUGCAUUUUAAGGAACUUCAAGAGUUCAAGCAUGUUGAAGAUGUUCCUACCUUUACUUCUUCAGAUCUAGGAGUUAAGCAAGAAGAGCAAACCAGUGGAUUGAAAUCAGUGCCUGUGCAUGAUCCAGUUGUUGAAGAAGCUGCAGAGCAUGCAAUCAAGACUAUCCAGCAGAGAUCCAAUUCACUACUUCCAUAUGAACUCCAAGAGAUUGUUCAUGCCAAUGCUGAGGUUGCUGAUGAUUCUACUAAGAUUCAUUUGGUCCUCAAAACCAGCAGAGGAGGGAAGGAAGAGAAGUUCAAAGUUCAAGUGCAUCAUAACAAUGAAGGUGCCUUCCACUUGAAUCACAUGGAGCCUGACAACUAACUUUAUAACUGUGGGAUACGUAAAUCUGUUUGACAUAGAAUAAGCUUGUAACCAGCACAAUAUCUGUACUCGUAUAAGCAUGUAACCAGCACAAUAUACGUACUACUAGUGCCUUUGUGAUCUAAAGUUGGCUCCAUCCAGUGGAUUGCUCGUGCUUUCCCUCAGAUGGGCUCCAGCUUAGAUCUGCCUCGUCUUUGUAAUGUUCUUUCUUAUAUGACAGUUGUGUAAUUUGUGUCG